UACAUCGUCCUCACCGGGACAGUUCUACUUGCUAUGCUAAGAGCUAAACAAAUCUGUCACUUCUGGAAGAGUUGGACUUAUUUUUUUCAUAUAAACCGUCGCUUGAUUCAGAGAUGCCGUUUUAUAUUUCGAUGGGAGGUGUUGAGAAUACGGUAGUUCGUGGUAUAAAUUCGACAUCAAACGAAGAUGUUGAGUUUUUAUGACGCCGUUGAUCAUUGACUGAUCAAAAUGGACAUAUUUGUCAAAGGUCACUGUGUACUUGAGUCAAACAUUGUCAGGUUCAGAGCGAUGGAAACGCUGGUCCUGUGGUUUAAGCGCUGUCGUUUAAAAUGUAGUGUUUAUUGUUUGUGCUGGACUGGACUGAUCUUGGCCCAAUAACCGAAGUGCUGGAUCCAACAACCUCGGCAGAUAUUGGGUCCUAUGACUCAGUUGUUGAGCUCCAGUUCCAGGUGACAAUGGAGGAAGAGGAAGAACACGACCCGAAACGGGUCACACAAACACAACAGCUGUGCCGCUUCUUCUCGCAAGGGAGACACUGCAAUUUUGGAAAUAGAUGCAAGUUUGCACACAUAAGAGCGGAGUCCAGAGUGAGCUACCGGUCCGACAUGUCACCAGCUCUAACAGAGUAUUUAGAUCCCACCAGCGCCAUGGCUCCACCUGCGGCUCACCGCCGGCCGUGUCGCUACUUCGUGGCGGGUCAUUGCACCAUGGACGAUCGGUGCCGCUUCUGGCAUCCACCAGAAUUGUUUUCUUUAGGAGAGGUCACCCCUCGUCCGAGCGUGGCCCAGAGACAACCCCCGGCGCAGAGGAACACGCCAGUGGCACGGCCAGCCGAAACCAAGUUGAGCGAGCUAACGGAGGAACGGGCCAGGCAGCUGCGGGACACUGAGAUCAACCAGCUGAAAAAGCGUUUCACCCAAGACCGGCUGAUAAUUCAAGAAAGCGACGACGGCAAGCUCACGUAUUACCGAGUCAGAGUGGAGGCCACGGAUCCAGACUGGCCGUUUGAUUUAAAAGAAAUCGACAUCAUGGUGAGCUUUCCAGACGAUUACCCUCGCGAGAUCUUCACCUUAGAUGUUCCUCUGGACCAGGAUCUACCUGCACUGAUGGGAAGACAUGUGCAACAGGCUGCUGUGGAGUGGCUCCAGGCGAAACAUGCGACCAAUCAGCUGAUGGGGAAAGUGGAGCUGAUCUUCAGACCUUUUCUUCGCUGGCUGGACCGCAGCAUGGAGAAGCUGUUCACCGAGGGCGCGAGGAAGCUGAAAAAGGACAUCGAUCUGGAAAAAGCUGGACUGCAGUUCAUCACGUAUCAGGAGCUGCAGGCCACAGUGAGCGAGGACUCUGGAAGCAAUCGUGAAGAAGACAAAGACGGAGUAGGUGAAAAGACGGAUGGAGACGGCAACGUGGAGGGCGAAAGUACAGACCAGCAGGAAGGUCUGGAUGUUACCGCCGGUCAGGAAGCGGAUGAGGAACUCUCCGACCUGGUUGAAAACAUCAAGAUCAGCAACAUCCGGAGAGGAACGGAGGUGAAGCUGCUGGGCCUGAGGCUCGGGGAGAACACGGCCACCGUGGUGACUCAGCAGAUCGCAGUCUGUCUCCAGUGUAACCGAUGUAAGAUCACCGCCGACCUGACGCUCUCGGGCAGGACUCCCUGCAGCGCUCAGUGUGAGAAGUGCAGCGCCAGCAUCAGAGCCGCCUUUAGACCCUGCAUGCUGCACCACUACUGCGACGUCCUGGGGUACCUGGACCUCCACAACGCCACCCCUGUGGACCUGGUUCUUCAGGAUUGUGACCUGAAUUUCAGCUGCCUUAACUGCUCCAAUGAGAUCCCUGUGAAUAACGUUUCUUACGGUCAGAUGAAGGAGCUGAACUGUGAAAGCUGCCAUAACAAAGUCACCUUUUUGGCUGAGAGCACAAGGUUCCAGUACAUUCAGCCACGACCCAACAGAACCGGCGCCAGCUCCGCUACAGUCGGCUACAAGUCGGUCCGAGACCCGGCGGUGCAGAAAGGGAAGCCGCUGCCUGAAAAAGGAACGUGCAAACAUUACAAACAGAGCCAUCGCUGGCUGAGGUUCCCCUGCUGUGGUCGGGCUUACCCCUGCGACGUCUGUCACGAUGAGAACCAGGACCACCCGAUGGAGCUGGCCUCCAGGAUGAUCUGUGGAUACUGCGCCAAAGAGCAGCCAUAUGGAAACGGCAAACCAUGCGUGAGCUGUGGCAGCAUGAUGACCAGGGGCGCUCGCACCAGCCACUGGGAGGGAGGACUGGGCUGCAGGAACAAAGUCAAAAUGUGCAGAAAUGACCGUCAGAAAUACGCCAACACCAACAAGACGGUGUCGAGAAAGGCCAGUGAAAAGAAGUGAACGGACGAACGAGUCUCAAUGGAAUAAACUGCUCCACCAGGUUGGACUUCUGUCAACGUUUGAUCACGUGAACCGCUCCUAACAAUCACUCAGAUCCUUCGCCACAAGUGCAAUUAGUGUGGUCGGACGCCAAUAUCACCAUCAGCCAUAACAUUAUGACCACCCUCCCUUACACUCGAGGUGUCAGACGUAAAAAAAUUAAAGUGACUCUUCACACUGUAGACAAUGAAGAGCUGAGAGCGUUGCAGUGCAUUAUGUGUCUUGUGUAAACAGCGGGAGGCAUCGGUUAGAGACACAGUGAAAAACAUCGGCCCGUGUAGAAGCAGUUCAAACUGCUGUAUAGACUCAAAAACAUGCGAGAAGUCCGUCAGGUGUGAUGAAGUCCAAGCUACACGACCUCAGAUAGAAACGCUGACUCAUCAAGAUUACAAAGUCCCCGUCCCCUCUUCUUUGACGUCUACUUUUGGUUGGGUCCUCCAAGUCAGAACUGCAGUUCCCGGUCUGAAUGGUGCACACAUGGUGCAGUGUCUCAAAGAAAACAAAGUAAUCCCUAUAUCUGACUGGACGAGGAAGCCAUGGAGGUCCACGUGUCUGGAGCUCUCCAGUGUGCUGGUUUUACUUGGUCUGGGUCAGUGCAUUUCACGGGAGGCUUUGGAUGGUGGUCAUAAUGUUCUCGAUUUACUGACUGUAAAAACCUGCCAUUGUGCUACAUGAUUGAAAUAAAGAAGCUGAAUCCAGUCCAAUCCCAGUGUGUGUUG